CACGUGUGCAUGCACGUGAAUAACACUGGCGGUACCCCGUGCGAUGUUUUGUAACUGACGUAGCUUAGGUCUGCGUCGCUCGCGAACUUACAAGCGUCAAUUGUUGUUCUUUUGGACAUUUUAUUGGUGGAGUGUAAAACUGCGCCAUUUGUUUACCUUGUGCAUGCUUGUACUUUGUCGUUAAACAUGGUUGUCGUUGGUAGUUGACUGGUUGAUUUGGUGAGCGAACAACGAAGAUACUGUCAGACUGUCGCUUAACUCUGAGUGACUGACAGUACUCAUCUGUGGCACAGUGACAGUCCUGCACCAGUGACACAGGCAACCUUCGGCACAACGAGUUCUUCUUUAUGUUUUAUUUUUUGUAGCGACCGAAAUGCUCAGAACUGAGGAACUAAUGAAUUACCGACGAGUGGACUCCUCCAUUCCUCGCAGGGGUCCAAAGGAAAAAUGUCCAGAUGGUUCCCUACAGCAGGAACAGAAGCUUCAGAACUUGUACGAGCGACAGAAUGCUCUGCUGGAAGAAAGAAGGGUUGUGAAAUUAAGCAAUCUGGCCAUAGGAGAAUGGAGCCCCUGUAAGGAGCUGGUGGAGGUCAAAGUUGAGAAGGGAAAGUUUUGGCAGACCAUGGGGUACCACUCUGGUGGUCGCAAGUACCUUUAUGCUGAGGAAGGGCUUUUCCUUCUUGAAAUGAAUUGCAUGGAGUUGAGACACCGAGGAGUUGGAUUGACGAUGCAGGAAGCAUACAAGCUGAUGAUACCUGAGCAGUUCUCACUGGACCAUUACCAGGUUUACAGCCAUCUCAUGAGACUGGGGUACAUCAUCACAAGACAUAAAGAGAAUGAUAUUUCGGACUACGAGUACCGCAUUCGUCUUCAUCAGUAUCGCCAUAACCAAAAGAAGGUCUAUCGGAAGGUCCAGGGUUGGUUCCAACAGAUGGGUGACAAUACCAAGACAGAUAUUGAGGAGGAAAGGAUGGAUCGAUAUGGUGAUACUUCCACCCAUACGUCCAUCCCGGAAGGCCAACAGACGAGUAAUGACAUGAGCAGCAGCAGCUUUGCAGGUGUCUCCAGUCGGGCAUCCAACGACCAAGCCGUUACGGGGGACACCACAAACAGCGGAGCAUUCCCACCACUCCCGGGCUCAGAGACCAGCAGCAUUGUCAACAACCUACCGUCUGAGGACAGCUCCGUCUACUCGGACAGCCCAGUCAUGGUGCGGCCCAUCCAGCAGGAGAACUUUGGGGCCUCUGUCAACCUGCUCAAAUACCACAAGAUGUUCCUCCAGGAUGGUGGCGACAAUGAUGCCUCGGCAUGCUCGGCUGAAAACCCCCCCAAGCGCAGCCCGCCAAGCAGCACCAGUGACACUGAGUCUGAGGAGAAGAACAUGAGGAACGAAGACCUGGAGCACUCCAGGAAGCGGCGCAAGCUGGAGCUGGACAGGGAGCUGAUCAUCUACUCAGACAGCGGUAGGGACAGCAGUGAGAGGAGCAACGAGGCCCUAAACAGGCCACCUUCAUCUGAGGACUCCCCAGCCAAGUGUAACCCCCAGAGAGAGUACUUCCUCAACUUCCAAUUCAGGAAGGAGGACUUUGACAAGCUGCUGCGACCAUCCAACACUCCCUGGGAGAGUUCUGACCUGGGCACAUCCCACCAAUCUGGCACCCCAUCUGUCAACAUUGAUGACGUCUUGGACACCUUCUUGCCAACCUUCAAUGACCGCUCAGACAGUGACUCCAUGCCCUGCCGUUACUCCAGCUGGAACUUUCAGACCAUCAACCUACCCAACCUAGUCAAUGGGCAGUCAUCAGAGAUCUCAUCAGUUCAGUCCAAGGACAAAAAAGUGAAAGUGGCCCCUGCUUCCAAGGACCCAAACUCUGAAAUGGGCAAUGAUCACGCCGAGCAACUCAUGAAAGUCUCCCAGGAGCUCUUGAAAACCUCAGCCAACAUGAUGGCCACUUCGGGCAAGAUGAUGGCAAACAGUGGCAAGACAGCAUCCAAUCUGGAAGACAAGGCCAGCUUCAUGAAGAGAAAACCUCCAACCAACUGGGGAGAGUACAAGAAACUGUUGGCCCUUGGCAUAGAAGAGGACAGCCAAGAUCUUCUGGAGUGUCCCACCGCUCAUCUCUGGCAGGGUGAUGUCAAACCAUUGGUUCAACCCUGCGAUGCUACCUCCACUGGAAAUCUACUGAACAGGCUGCAGGUUGUUAACAGUGCUAAUGUAACAUCUGAACAUGUCAGAUUGUCUCCGGCGCACGGGGCUACCAUUAAACUCGCGUUUGACGUUUUUCUCCCGAGUCCAACCUACAAGAAAACACAGCCUGGUCGACCCAAAUUCCACGUUGUUGUUGCAAGAGUGACAGAUGCUGUACCUGACUUGUUGACCCUGGCUAACCUUCUGCAGCAAGCCAGUGCUAUCACACUCCUGGUGGCUGUCGUGGACAAUGGAGACAUCACCUUUUACACUCUUAAAGGGAUCGAGCUGUCUACUGACAUCAGUCUGGGCUAGAAGAGUUAAGAACUUUCUCAAUGUGUGGCUGUGGAUAUUCACAGCAUCCUGUCAAUGAGAAUGAGCCAUUUUUAUCUAGAUACACACCUUAGCACGGGCACGAGUUGGCACCUGCACCUUAAAGCUUUUCACAUUUUUGGCAGACUUCCUUUGUCACUUUGACUUUAUCUGCUUGUUGUAGUCUGGUUGCUGCUUGGAUGGAGUCAUUCUGGGCACCCAGAUAAGGAAGUUUAUAUCCUUGCAGGCACUGGUCUUUUGUCUCCUACAUUUUUAGGGUCUCUUUUAUGUAAGUGAUUAAUCAGUCACAUGAUGUUGGCAUUUUGACUAAUAAGGAUCGAUAGUCAGCAAGAAGCAAAAUAUCAAUGGCUUUGUGAGGUUUUUGGUCAGUUUUUAGGGUCACAUUUAUUCCAGUGCCGUUAUGCAUAUACAUAUGUACAGUCUAACGUGUGUUGAUUACAAAUUGCAUGUCACCAAGUUGUGCAUCUAAUCACGAGUCAAAGGAUCUUGUUAUUUUCAACACUGGAACAAUAUCCACAGAGUUCUGAUCUAAUGCCCAGAAAAUGUCACGUUAUUCAACCCCCCCCAAAAAGUGUACUUUGUGAACACUUUCCAUUUGUCUUGAAAAUUGUAGGCAUCAUAGUAAUACUAAAUGAACAAGUUGAUGAUCUUGAUAUUUCUAAUUACAUUGAUUUGGAAAUCGUUCUUCCAGUUUCCCAGUGUCUCACUGUUUGGGUAUUUGUUACGAAGCUACAAAGCAAACGUUUAGAAUAUUUUUAAGGAUUAGUCACCAUGUCCACAUGUCACAAAAUUCGGAUUUUCGUAAUGUCAUUGAAUUGUACAUAUACGAUAUAUUUUUGUUUGUAAGUUAUUCUUUAGUUAUGCAUUGAAAUAAAUUUAAUGUUUGAAACAUUU